UGAUAUUGGCAUACGAACAUGAUUUUCAGUAAUUGCGUUACGUUAGGUUUCGGUGACCUUGGCGCAUUAUUAUAUCUAUUAUUCAUUUUUUUAUUUAAAAUGCGUGUUUUGGAAUUGUAUGCAGGAAUAGGAGGAAUGCAUAUUGCUUUUAAAGGGUCUACUGUGAAACAUGAAGUAGUUGCUGCCGUAGAGAUAAAUGAUGUUGCAACUGAUGUAUAUAAGUACAAUUUCCCCAAUACAUUGACGCUAAAUCGUGUUAUCGAGAGUUUUAGUCCAGACUAUGUGUGCAGCUUAAAUGCAAAUAUAUGGAGUCUCUGUCCACCUUGUCAGCCAUUCACAAGGUUAGGGAAACGCAUGUGUGAAGCAGAUAAGAGGAGCUCUUCGUUUUUUCAUGUUCUUGAUCUAAUAAGCAUUCUGAAACCAACAGGAAUUAUACUUGAGAACGUAAAGGGAUUUGAACAUUCUGAACCAUGGCGACAACUGAUAGAAGUACUAAACAGUUGUGAUUAUGAAUAUCGACAAUUUUUACUUUCUCCUCUGCAAUUCGGCAUACCUAACUGUCGCCUUCGUUUCUAUCUUCUUGCUCGUUUGCGUUCAUCAUCUUGGAAUUCAAAUUUUAAGAUGGGACAAUCCGAGUCGAUUGAUAUGCGACCACCGGUCGAUGCACCCAUGUUACCUGGCUGUCAAUGUACUUCAUGCAGUGGUGUUAUCAGCCAUAUAGAACAUACAGAUGACAAUUUCACUGAAUAUAUCCAGUUCUGUCGACCAAUAUCGGAGUUUGUAUUGGUACCAAGUGAUAGUCCUAAAGAGUUAUACUUUCUAGAUGAGAAGUGCCUUCAACGUUAUUUCCGUGUACUUGAUAUCGUCAGGUCUUGUGAUAAGAAAACAAGAUGUUUUACAAAAGGUUAUUCAAAACGAUUGGAAGGUACAGGAUCUGUAUUUCAAACAUCUAUGGAAAAUGAAACAAGUGAAAAAAUAACCAACUACUAUGAGGCCAAUAAAGAAGAUGAACAAGCUGUGUUACAGUAUGCCAAACUAUUGAAACUACGUUUUUUCCAUUCUCGUGAAGUAGCCAAUAUGAUGUGUUUCCCAAAAAGUUUUGGUAAGUUGUAAUUAAAAUAUAUUGUAUUGAAAAGUUUAGGAACUCUAUCACAAAUAUGUUUUUUUUUGUUAAAGUCUAUUAUAUUUUCAACUUUUGAUAUCUGUCGGUCGAUUUAAAUCAUCGUCUAAACAUAAUAUAUCAUUCAACAAAAAAAUUCACUGCAAAUAUUGUUUGCAGUUUACUCAACUUUAAAUCAUAAUUUUUUCUGAAGAAUAAUGUUACUAAGAAAGGAAAAAUAUAAGAAUUCAACAAAAUCAGUUAUCAAUUACGAUAUUUCGAGAUUAUUAAUUAGCAUUCCUGCAUUCUUAAUUCAAAUAUUCUGUUCUGAAUUUCUCAUUAUCCAAACAGUAAAGCGUUUAAGGCUUAUUUAUUCUCUUACUUGAUGGAUUUGUUUGGUUUUAUACACACAGAACUCAAUGAUUAUCCCUCCAUCCAGCUAAUGGAUGUGGUGUACAAGUUGAUGUUAAUUGAUAGAUAUAUUUUAAAUAAUUGUUAGUUUUCAGUUGUUCUAGAUUUCUUCCAAACAUGAUAUUUGGUAGUUCACUUUCUUCGCGUUUACUUCAUACACAUGUUUUAAUUGCAAAAUCUAGUUUAUUAUUAUUAUUAUUAUUAUAUAGAAAGACUUCGUAGAUUGCGAUACUGAUGAUAACAGUUUUGUAAAGCAAUAGGAAAGAACAGAAAUCAUGUAGUAGCAUCACUGAAAAUGGUAAGUAAUGCAAUAUAAAUUCGUUGGAUAUUUUAUACGAACAUUCGUCAAGAUUAGAGCGAAUAGUUUGAAAGAAAUUGGACGCCAAGUAUAGAGAAGUCAUUAUAUGUGAAAAUUAUAUUUGAAAUAAUCUCAACAAUUGAAAUUUAAAUAAUUCCAACGUUUCGUCCAGCUAACUUGUUUGGACUUCUUCAGAGUAAUAAUCAAAAUCAAAAUCAUCAAAGAAAUAUAUAGCUUUUAACAAUCAUAACUAUACUGUGUUACACCAAUCGAAUUUAGAUGUUGAUUUUUGUAAAAUAGGAUAAAAUGAGUCAGUUAGCCACAAAUCAUGUGAAAAAUUCAACUACGUGGGAUCGUGGAUCAGCACUGCUGAGGAGUCCCAUACUAGGACGAAACGGCCGUCAAGUGCUUCCAGGUUUUCCAUGGUGGUCUAGCUUCAAAUGACUCAUGAUUUCAAUCAGUGAAAUUUCUAAAAUCUCCAAAAAACCCCUUCUGAAAAUACAUAAUUGUAUUGCUAAAAACUCAUUGAAUUCAGUCAAAAAUAACUAUGCAUGUGAAAUAAACAGGUUGAAUAAAGGGAAAAUUCAAAUUACUUGUCAUACGAAAAUUUGUCAGGUAGUCGCUAGUUGAAUAUCAUCCUUUCGGUUCAGGCUGUUCUUGUUCCCCCAUAUAUGCAGCACUUCUGCUGUCAAUCUUUCUUUAUGAGUGUUAAAACCUUUCUGAAGUAUUUUAGUUUCUUCAAAAUUAAUCCUGUGUUCUGUUUCUAACACAUUUAACACUAUUGCAGACCUAUUCUCUAGUUUCUUCAAAUCACCCGAGGAUUUGGGAACAUUUUUCAAACAUUGUUUGUGUUCCUUCAACCUUACAUUCAAUUGUCUGGAUGUUUCUCCAACAUAGGCUGCAUUACAAUCAUGACAGUUGAUCUCAUACACAAUAUUCUGUUGUUUUUCCUUUGGUAACCUGUCCUUAACUUCCACUAAUGUCGAUCUUAAGGUGUUACUCGCCCUAAAAUACACUCUUAUAUCAUGUUUGUUUAGAAUCCUCUUGAUUUCUUCUGAUGUUCCACUACGGUAUGGGAUGACUACGGUGUACUUCCAAACUUUUCGUAUAUAACAAUCUUCUUUAAAAACUUUCGUGUAUUUGUUAUCCUCAAGAGUAGAAAAUACUUUAUUCAGUUCAGUUCGUUGGUCUUCCUUAUCUGUCACAAGCUUGGUACUUCUGUUCAUUAAAUUUUUUACAUUACAAUAUUUUUAAAGAUUAUUAAAAAUAAAAGAAAAACUAAACUAGAAUGUAUACGAAAAGUGUGGAAGUACACCGUAGUCAUCCCAUACCGUAGUGGAACAUUAGAAGAAAUCAAGAGGAUUCUAAACAAACAUGAUAUAAGAGUGUAUUUUAGGGCGAGUACUUUAAUGCAAACUCAGAUGUUCUAGGCAAACAGAUUUUCAAAAUCGUUUUGUACUUUUUGACACAAUUAUUAUAACCAUUAUGGCUUAUACAUCAUUCCUCUUCAUCAAGACCGAUAUUAUCACUUUACCCAAGUAUAAAUGGUCUUUAAUUAUAUAUUUGUCAUUAAGAACCUGGAAUUUUUUGCCACAGGUGGAUUUUGGCUACAAAUACGAUUCCUUCAAACCACUACGAAGUUCUAAAAUCUUAUAUAUCCGACCACAUGGUCAGUCGAUACUUAAAAUGAUGAAUCAACAUAUUUUAAAGUUUGUAAAGGCAUCAUUUACAUUUAGCUAAAAUAAAUUGAACCAAUGGUUAAUUAUAAUUGAUUGUCUUGUGUAAUGGACUGACCGUUCAUUGUUGUUUAGAACUAGUUGUAUAUGUAUGCUGUCAUUACGUUAGUCUAUCCUGUAUUUUAUCCGUGUUAUAACUGCUCAAUUGAAAGGUAAAAUUACCAAAGGUAUUUAUUACAACACGGUUUCAGAAUCAAUAUAUCAUCGUUAUACUUUAAAUCAGAUCUCACUUUCAGCUUGAUUCACAAAAAUGUCGACAAUGACCAAAUUACACUAACUAAUCACAUUUGUUUGCUUAUUUGCAUUCAUAGAACAUGUAUUGCCCUUUGAUUUUAAUAGACACCUCAAAUUGAGUACUAUCGUCCUUAUUGAUAGACUUCCAUGGAGAUAUUUUUACGGGCUAUUUCUCCCUCCUUGCUAUUUUCUUUUGUCAGUAUUUUAUUUUAAUCUAUGUUUAAAUGAAACUUAUUCUGUUGGUGAAACUUCCGUAGUGUGUCAUUCUCAAGGAAUACGGCCGAUAACAUUUACUUCUUUUGUAGCGCUAGUACCAUAUCACGUGGGGCUCACCACUUUAUAAGUCCGCCUAACCUCGCACUUAUUUAUUAACUUGAUGAGCGCUAGUGAAUAAAGGAAGAGAAUAAGACAAAUAGGAGGAUGGGUUUUGGAUAUGUAUAUUUCAUACAUCCGUUAACGUAAACAGAGAAUAAUAGAAAAGAAGCUGGUCGGACAAGCCAAAUGUGCCAAUUCAAUUUAAUAAAGCACAACUCAAUACUUACAGUCAGAUAGAAAAACAAGAAAAAUAAACAUAAGUUGACCUGUUUGCGGGUUUCUUUUAAAUUAGCCUAAUGAGUAGCCUUCCGCUACUUCUCUAAGUAAUGUUCGAUAUUUAAAUAGCUUUAGGUCUAAAAGACAGAUGUAUUGAUAAAUCAUAUGUAUUCAAUUGUUCAUUAACUAGUCAUUUCAGUAAUUGUUAAUGAAGUUUCUCUGACAACUUGAAUAUUUAUCUAACAGAUUUUCCAGAACACAUAACGGAGAAGCAACGUCUUCGUUUGUUGGGUAACAGUGUGAAUAUACUUGUUGUCAGUCACUUGAUUUACUGGGUUUUCGGGACGUAA